UUAAAAAAAAAAAGAAAUUCGCGUUGUGAGAAACACAGAGCCUUGAUUCCUUCACAUUUUGAGCUUGUUAAUGCAAAAGGAAAAAGGGGCGGUAGAAGCUGUUUAGUUUCCGUCAAUGGCGAAGUAUUACUGUUGAGAUUCUAAAUUGAAGUGGUGCACUGAUUGAAUAGAGGGAGGGGUUUUUUGGGCAGACAUUAUAAUGUCGGAAUCAAACUCAAGAAAAAGGAAUUUGCCGUCGUGGAUGAGCUCAAGGGAAGAGGAAAAUGAUGAAAGUGAAAAUUCGAAACAACUAACAAAUCGUGGGAAGUCUAAGAAGGACCAAAGCGGUGAAACUGCCGAUGCUACGGGCUCGGGUGCCUCUGAUUUCUCAAUGCUGAUGGAAGGGGUGACAUUUGUGCUGUCCGGGUUUGUGAAUCCGGAGCGUGGCGUUUUGAGAUCGCAGAUGCUGGAGAUGGGGGCUGAGUAUCAGCCUGAUUGGAACUCAAACUGCACCCUUUUAGUGUGUGCAUUUUCCAGCACUCCAAAGUUUAGGCAAGUUCAAGCUGAUGGUGGAACUGUUAUAACCAAGGACUGGAUAUCAGAGUGUUACAGCCAAAGAAAACUUGUGGAUAUUGAGCCAUUCCUACUGCAUGCUGGCAAACCGUGGAGGAGGCAAAGAAUUUCCCAUGAAGCUAGAAAAGAUGUAGACCCAUCUUCAUCCUCUAAACCUUCAAAUCAAAAAGAAACUGGCGGACAUUCAAAGAAGGCUACUGGCACUUCUAAGAUGAAAGGAAGCUUUUCUCCCGCAAAAGCAAAGAAGUGGGCUGCUGAGGAUCUCAAAAGAACAGUAUCAUGGCUGGAGAGCCAAGAAGAGAAACCAGGUCCAAGUGAGAUAAAAAAGAUAGCUGCCGAAGGUAUUCUGACUUGUUUACAAGAUGCUAUAGAUGCUCUCAAGCAAGGACAGGGCGUCCAACAUAUAACAGAACAAUGGGGCUGCCUUCCUCGUGUAGUCGAGCAGCUGGCACAGGUUGAUGCCACAUGCAGCGCUCCCAGCAAGGAAGACCUUUGUAGAGAAGUCAUGGCCUGCAAACAGAUAUACGAGCUCGAGUUUCUGAAUAUGGAGCACGAUGAUACACCAAGCGUGACAAAGCCACAGAAUCACGACUGCAGGAAAGGUAGAAAGAACGAUAAAGCUGGUGGAAAUGACUCUUGCGACAGCGAUGCAACGAUCGAGAUGACAGAAGAUGAAAUAGACCAAGCUUUUAACUCCAUUGCUUCUUCUCUCUAAAUAACAGUGUGUGAAUUGUUAGCAAGGGUUCAGUUGAGUUAUUUAAGUAUGAGAAAGAAAAAAUGAUGACA